AUGUCUCUCCCUCAGCGGCCCGAUCCCUCCUCGCCGGGCAGAGAACAGCGACCUGCAUUUCGAGAAUCGCCCUCUCGCCGCCGAAGAACUUCCGACCUCGAGAGCUCCCGCAGACACGAUCGCACAUCCAGCAAAGGCGGAUCCCAAUCCUACUCGAGGGCUCUCCCAUCACCUGGCACCCCGGUGCCCAUGGAAAGAGAUCCCAUCAUGCGAGGUGGAGCAGGUACACCUGGAGGACCUGACUUGGGUAGGAAACGAAGUCUUAUCCGGCCAGAACGCCAGCGAAUCGAUCCCAGUCACCCCAACUAUCACUACCGCAAACAUGCCCAAAAGAUGCACGUUCACCCCUCGACGACAGGAAACGACCCCAUCCUGGAAGACCGCAUGGAGGCGGAGACGGUCAGCUCGGACAGCACCGACAUGAAGCCUUCGCAUCUGCGUAAUCCUUCUAGUGCAGGCUACAGCGACAAGCAAGCUCCCCUCGACGAGAACACCCGCCCCCAGCGACGCCUGACCAGAAGCAAGACCAUGGACAAGCUGGAGAAGCAGAAACAGAAGGAGAGAGAUGCCCUGCGCCCACCUAGUCUAUGGAACGUGUACUGCGCCAUCGUCACCUUUUGGUGCCCAAACGCAGUAUUGAAGUGCUUCGGAAAAGUUCAGAAGGCCCAGCAACGCGCUUGGAGGGAGAAGAUGGGCCUUGUCAGUAUCAUUCUCAUGAUUUGCACAAUAGUUGGUUAUCUUACCUUCGGUUUCACGGAGACUGUCUGCUCGAGCGGUGGAAACGUCCGCCUCCGCGUCAACAAGGUCGACAGAGGUUUCUUGAUUGCUCACGGAAAGGCUUACGAUCUCACUGGCUCUGCACAUCCUCUGGCUCGAGGUGUCCCGGAGGGCGCUAACGUGCUCUUUGACUUGCCCGAGAAGCACGGAGGACAGGAUGCUUCCUUCCUCUUCCAGAACGUCAACGGCGCCUGCAAAGGCCUGAUUACCGCCAAACCAGGCUCUAACAUUACCACCAACGCCAACAAUGACCUGGCCUGGUACUUCCCAUGCCAACUCUUCAACCAGGAUGGAUCUACAAAGCCUAACACAACUGUCCCCUACUACAAUGGAUUCCAGUGCCACACUAGCGCUACCGCUCGACGUGCUUUCUACGGCCUGGACUCGUCUGGUGAUGUCUACUUCACCUGGGAUGAUUUGAAGAACAGCACCCGCGACCUUAUGGUUUGGGGCGGCGAUGUCUUGGAUCUCAGCCUCCUCGACUGGCUUGACCAGUCGCAGGUCACCAUUCCCAACAAGUUCAUGGAGAUCAGGCAAAACCAAAAGCUCCGCGGCCUUGACGUAACCCGUGCAUACUCUUCAAGCUACGAGAAGCAGGUCGCCAAAUGCUUUACCCAGAUCAUCAAGGUUGGCUCCGUCGAUACUGAAAGCAUUGGUUGCAUUGCUUCCAAGGUCGUUCUCUACGUUUCGUUGGUCUUCAUUCUCUCCAUCGUCACUGCCAAAUUCGUUCUAGCCCUCGCCUUCCAGUGGUUCAUCAGCAGAAAGUUCGGUGCAGACAAGACAUCGCAAGGCAAAGUCGAUUCGAAACAGCGCAAGCAACAGAUUGAGGAGUGGAGUGAUGACAUCUACAGACCACCGCCUAAGCUUUCUGAUCCAGCUGGACCCGACCGAUCCAGCAAGCGCGGUAGCGCUUUCUUGCCUUCCACCUCCCGUUUCACCAGCCCGUACGCCAUGGAGAAGUCGUCGAAGACCCGCGCUCCGCCAACAACCAUGACCAGCCAGAGUGCUUCCUCCCGUCUCAUCUCAUCCAACGCCAUGUACAGACAAUUGAACACCAGCCAUGGAACACUCCCCACCUACGAUGGAAAGCACUCAGCGCAAGACAGCCGAUCAAGCACCAUGUACCCCGGAACUUCGGACACUCGAUACUCCACCGCGAUGGGCGAAGAAGGCCCAGGACCCGCUGGAUUUGUCCACGAAGCCGUUGUGCCCCAACCUCCUUCUGAGUGGCAGCCUUUCGGCUAUCCCCUGGCUCAUGCGAUCUGCUUGGUUACUGCUUACUCCGAAGGUGCCGACGGUCUGCGCACCACUCUCGACUCUAUUGCUACCACCGAUUACCCCAACAGUCACAAGCUUAUUCUGGUUAUCUGUGAUGGAAUGAUUAAAGGAAAAGGUGAAACUUUGAGCACGCCCGAAAUCGCCCUUGGAAUGAUGAAGGACCAUACAAUUCUCCCACACGAGGUCGAGGCUUUCUCCUACGUCGCCGUUGCAAGUGGUUCCAAGAGACACAACAUGGCAAAGAUCUACUCUGGUUUCUACAACUAUGGCGAGGAGAGUGCGAUUGCCGUUGACAAGCAGCAACGCGUUCCAAUGAUGGUCGUAGUCAAGUGCGGAACCCCCGACGAGGCCGAGAAGUCUAAGCCUGGUAACCGUGGAAAGCGUGAUUCUCAAAUCAUCCUGAUGUCGUUCUUGCAAAAGGUUAUGUUUGAUGAGCGCAUGACGGAGCUCGAAUUCGAAAUCUUCAACGGAAUCUGGAAGAUCACGGGAAUGUCGCCCGACUACUACGAAAUCGUUCUCAUGGUUGACGCCGAUACUAAAGUUUUCCCUGACAGUCUGACGCACAUGAUCUCUGCCAUGGUUAAGGACCCUGAAAUUAUGGGACUCUGUGGUGAAACCAAGAUUGCAAACAAGCGUGACUCAUGGGUGUCUAUGAUCCAAGUGUUCGAAUACUUCAUCUCUCACCAUUUAUCCAAGUCGUUUGAGUCUGUUUUCGGUGGUGUCACCUGUCUACCGGGAUGUUUCUGCAUGUACCGCAUCAAAGCCCCCAAGGGCGGCCAGAAUUACUGGGUCCCGAUUCUAGCUAACCCUGAUGUUGUCGAGCACUACUCUGAGAACGUGGUUGAUACGUUGCACAAGAAGAAUUUGCUCUUGCUUGGCGAGGACCGAUACCUGUCAACUCUCAUGCUUAAGACCUUUCCCAAGCGUAAACAGGUCUUUGUGCCCCAGGCCGUCUGCAAGACAACCGUGCCCGACGAAUUCAAGGUGCUCCUGUCACAGCGCAGGCGAUGGAUCAAUAGUACGGUUCACAACCUUAUGGAAUUGGUGCUUGUCCGGGAUUUGUGUGGAACCUUCUGCUUCAGCAUGCAGUUUGUUGUCUUCAUCGAGCUUGUCGGUACGCUAGUGCUGCCGGCUGCCAUUGCCUUCACGUUCUAUUUGAUCGCGAUCGCUAUCAAGGCCGCCGUAUUGCACACGGAAGCGCCCGUGAUUCCUCUCAUCCUGUUGGCAUUGAUUCUUGGUCUCCCGGCCGUUCUCAUCGUCGUCACUGCUCACCGCUGGUCGUACAUCGCAUGGAUGUUCGUCUACCUGCUGUCGCUCCCAAUUUGGAACUUUGUACUCCCCGCAUAUGCGUACUGGAAGUUUGACGACUUCAGCUGGGGCGACACCCGAAAGACUGCAGGGGAGAAGACGAAGAAGGCAGGCAUUGAGUACGAGGGCGAGUUUGACAGCAGCAAGAUCACGAUGCGACGGUGGCACGAUUUUGAACAAGAACGAAGACUCAAGGCGUCAGCAGGCGGUUGGUCUCAGCAGCACACUUCGGUGGGCGGCUGGUCGCAGCAGCACCAGCAACAGCAACAGCAACAGCAUGGUUAUGACACGUACUAUGAUAAUUGA